UGCUGUUCGUCGACGAAUUCGCGCUCGCCAGCCACCCUUAUUCGCUUGGGAAAGCUCGUGUCAUACGGACGUACUUUUCACUCUCUCUGCCGCUGCUGUGCCGCAACGCCCGCUCGAGUAGUGUACAACCGCACGUACACUGGGAAACGAUAUUUAAAGUCGGAUUUUUUUAACGGAAAUUGAUAGUGCGUUCAAGGACUUUCGAAACGAUUCGGAAACAGAAUUUGAGCUUCCGAGAAGCAAUAUUUUGACUAGUGCGUGGGAGUGACAGUGAUUUCCUGAGAAAUUAAAGACUUUUGGACAGUUUAGAAGUUUUCGGUGUUGUGUAAGUGGCAUAAUUCUUACCCAAAUUUUGUGUGCAUCAACCACCUCGCUGGAUAGGACAGUCCCGGGCAGAAUGGAUAACUUUAAGAAAAAAUCGACCAACCGGCCGAACUUAGAGUACACGCCAAUUCGACCGCAAUGGACCGGUUCGAGCAAGUCCGAAGUCAACAACUACAUCUUCGGCAACAUGAAGGACAGCAUGUCGGACGUGGCCGCUCAGACGGUCGCCGGGUCCACCCUGCCCCUGGUUGGGAUGCCCCGCGAGGACGAGGAAGCCGGAUCGUACAACCCGUUCGAGCACCGGAAGUUGACGCAUCCGACCUCGGACGUGGACACGCUGGUGCACCUGCUGAAGGGGUCCCUAGGGUCGGGUAUCCUGGCGAUGCCGCUGGCCUUCCUGCACGCCGGUCUAUGGUUUGGGCUGGGAGCAACGCUUGCUAUCGGUGCCAUCUGUACCUACUGUAUUCACAUUCUAGUUAAGUGCUCGCACAUCCUCUGCCGGAGGGCGCAGAUCCCUUCGUUGGGCUUUGCCGAUGUGGCGGAAACGGCUUUCCUGGCUGGACCGGACGGACUCAAGAAGUAUUCGCGACUAGCUCGAUUCAUCAUCAACCUGUUCCUGGUGUUGGAUCUGAUGGGAUGCUGUUGCAUUUAUAUUGUGUUCGUGGCCACCAACGUCAAACAGGUGGUAGACUACUACACUCACAGCCAUUACGAUGUUCGGUAUUACAUUUUGCUGUCCCUGAUUCCUCUGAUUUUGAUCAACUUGAUCAGGAAACUGAAAUACCUGACACCAUUCUCGAUGAUCGCAAACAUUCUGAUCGGAGCGGGCGUUGGCAUUACGCUGUACUACAUUAUGACCGAUCUGCCGGAAUUCUCCGAGCGCAAGGGUAUUGCCGAUGUGCACCACAUGCCCAUGUUCUUCGGUACCGUCAUUUUCGCCCUGGAGGGCAUCGGUGUAGUGAUGUCCCUGGAGAACAACAUGAAAACUCCGCAAAACUUCAUCGGCUGCCCCGGAGUGCUCAACAUCGGCAUGUCGGUGGUCGUGGUGCUGUACGCUCUGGUCGGAUUCCUCGGAUAUCUCAAAUACGGCGAGGACACCAAGGGCAGUGUGACGUUGAAUUUGCCGGUGGAGGACAUUUUGGCUCAGUUGGUAAAAAUUAUGAUUGCCGUUGCGAUUUUCCUGACCUACUCGCUACAGUUCUACGUUCCAAUGGAGAUCAUCUGGAAGAAUGUGCAGCACAACUUUAACGAACAUAAGAACGCCGCUGAAUAUGGCAUCCGCAUUGGGCUUGUGGCCAUCACCGUGUUCAUAGCGGCCGCCCUGCCCAACAUUGGCCCCUUCGUGACGCUGAUCGGAGCCGUUUGCCUCAGCACCCUCGGCAUGAUGUUCCCGGCCGUGAUCGAACUGGUCACCUUCUACGAGAAACCCGGCUACGGACGCUUCAACUGGAUCCUGUGGAAAAACAUCUUCCUGAUCCUGUUCGGGGUGGUUGGCUUCAUCACCGGUACGUACGUCAGUAUCGAGGAGUUCUCGCAGCAUCUGGAGGAAGUAUAAAAGAAGACUCAGCCCACUCAGCAGCAGGGCAUAUUGGGUUCACUUCCAGACCUCGGUGCGAGGGUAUGGAAGUGCGCGCAGUAUAAGAUCGGAAGUGCACGUGGUGGUGUCCCGAAUCUCCUCCUAUUCUUCCUGGCGCCGAGGCGCCCUGGGAAACAGAACCCACGCGAAACUGGUUCUCGUGAGCAACGUGAGCGACGCGGACUCCUUCUCUCCUCCACACCGCUCUGAAGCCAGUUUCGUCACCUGGAACAUUCGGGGGUAUCAAAUGCACGUGUCACUUCUACCCAGUUAGCUUCCUUUAUGGGAAGCUCUAAUUUAUUUGUUACGUUGAAAGUUGUAUUCAAAAACUGUUAGACUAAAGUUAGCUGAAGUUGAAAAAGUUGUUUCGAAUCAGAUUCGGUAUUAGUUUUUAAUCUCUCACCAAAACAUUUUAAGCAACAAAUCACCCAUAGAACAGAAUAUCAUUAGUCUUAAUGGUAAUCCCUUACAACAUUUUAGGUUUUAUUGAGGUUAUCUUGACCAAACAUAAAUCCUGAAAUGUCUGUCGGAAAUGAUGGUAGCUGAGUUUUUAGAUGUAGAACCGAAACAAUUGUGAUUUUGAACCUAUCUCUAAUAUUUUAUUACCAUAUAAGGCCAAACUGAGUUUCAUUAUUAUUUAUAACCGAGCAAAGCUAGUGAAAACUGCAACAAUAGACAAAAAAAACAAAGUCACCGAAAGAUUUCUCGAAACUUUGAAAGACGUUAAAUUAAAACAGCUCAAAACUGUUCAAAACAAACAAACAAGACUACCAUAUCGACCUUACCAGAGAAUUUUAGCAGAAUCAAAAUCAUCCACAUCCUUGUACCAGAAAUUUAGGACUUAUAAACUUUGAAGCCAACGUCUUCCAAACGCCACCCAAAGCCAGUUGCUUUGAGUAACAACAAGAAUGAAUUUGACACUAAAACAAGUAAAGAAAAAAGCUUUAAAAUUUUAAACCAGAUGCUGAACUCAUGAACUGUAAUGUUCCUAGUAUUUUAUACAGAUGCUUUUAAACGUAUAAAUGGUCUGUGAACAUUAGGUUCUCGGGGGCUACCGGGAUGGGAUCUCCACUUGAGGGCUGUUCAACACAAAAGUAACCAAAACGCUAACAAAAAAGAGAUGUAGAACAUUCAAAAUUAGCAACAACCAGGUACAUAUAAUCAAGCUUGGCAAAAUUUGGAACGAUCGUUUUAGUUGAUUAGUUAUAUAGAACAGAUUUAGUAAGAUAAGGUACGAUUACAGUUACGAUGUCCGACACACAUGUCGGAACACAAUACUUGAAAAACUGAUUGAUCUUAAUAAAAUAUUGAUUCAA